UGAAAUUAUUUAUAGCAAAUAGAUUUGGUAUAAUUCAAAUUUAUAAUUUGAGUUUUUAUCUGCCCUUUUUAUCUCUAGAGUUCAAUUUUCAAGGGCACAGGAUAGAUAAGAACUUCUUUGAGAGUCUUGUGGAACGUAAGAGGACCAUGCCUCUGACCCACACAUGGAAACUCUCUGAAGAGCAGAGCAGGAAGGGAAUGGACUGUGUCCUUUGUGUGAAGAGAGAAAGCUAUCAUUUCAGUACCUGAGGACUCAAAUGUGAACGAGUACUAGAGUAAUACUGCCUCAUAAAGGGCGGUAAGAAUGCUUCUGGCUAGUCUGUCAUGUCACACUCUCACUUCCCCCUGACUUAAAGUGUCCUGCAGGUAGGCUCUGAAGAGGAAAACUUAAGCCGUUUGCCAAGUAAGAGUUUUUGUUGUUCCUCAAUGGCUUUUUAAAGUUGUAAACACAUUGGGAUUAGCAAUAAAGUGACACGUAGACUAAAUGUCCUCACACCAGCCUGCCUGCCUCGCUGCUGCAUGUUGCUUUCCGUGCAGAGCUGUUUGCUGGUGCACAGCGUGCCACAACCAAAACUGAAGCUGCAGCUGCAGAUGAGGACUCCUUAAGUCAUCCUUCAUGCUUUUAAUCUUAAAAAGCCUAAGCUUAGCUGAAUGUUACCAGAGAUCAAAGUUUUAAAAUGCUCUGCCUUCUCAUAGUGAAAGGCCCUAUUUUGGAGUGGGUGGGGGAUUUUUUAAGACUAGUUGGAUGUUAUAUGUUAAUAAAAUGUAUCCACAGUGAAACUGAUUUUUUUUAAGGUAACUCUUUAACUUGAUAUAAUAUUUCUUUUUAAGAAUAACUGACUGCUAUCAAGGUUUAGACUGGUUGCAGAUAUUAAAACUAUUUGCUCUGUUUAUUUUACUGUAAUUAUUUAAAGUAUAUUUUUUGUCUUAGGCUUAUUUUCCAAUAUUUAGAACUUAUUUGUAGCAACAUAAAUGGACUUGGUGGGUAUGAUACCAAAUGAAAUAAGUCAGACAGACAAAGACAAAUACCAUAUGAUAUCUGUUACAUGUAGAAUCUAAAGAAAAAUACAACAAACUCGUGAAUAUAACAAAACAGAAAAAGACAGAUGUAGAGUACAAAGUAGUGGUUACCAGUGGGCAGAGUGGAGGGACGUGAUAGAGGUGGUAGAUUAAGAGGUACAAGCUUUUAGGUAUAAAAUAAGCUACAGGGAUAUAUUGUACAACACAGGGAUUAUAGCAAAAAAAAACAAAUUUUUGGGGGGGCCAUGCCAUGAGACCUGCAGAAUCUUAUUCCCUGACAAGGGAUUAAACCUGGGCAACAGCAGUGAAAACGCCAAGCCCUAACCACUGGACCACUAGGGAAUUCCCUACAGCAAAUAUUUUAUGAUAACUAUAACUGUAGCAUAACUUUAAAAAAUUGUGAACCGAGCAGCGACUCUGGCCUGGGCUCAGCAGCAGCGCGAGGAGGUUGUGGCGUCUGCUUCGUCCAGGCUAUUUGAGCCAGGAUGAUCGAGGUUGUUUGCAACGACUGUUUGGGGAAGAAGGUGCGCGUUAAGUGCAAUACGGAUGACACAAUCGGGGACCUUAAGAAGCUGAUCACAGCCCAAACUGGCACCCAUUGGAACAAGAUCAUUUUGAAGAAGUGGUACACGGUUUUUAAGGGCCAUGUGUCUCUGGGGGACUAUGAAAUCCACGAUGGGAUGAACCUGGAGCUCUAUUACCAAUAGAGCAGAAUUCCUUCUUCCUGCCCUUCCCCCUCCUCCCACCCUCACUCCCCACACUAAUAUGGAUGCUUGUUUUUGGAAACUCAUGUUAAUAAAAACUUAGAGGCUGAAAAAAAAAA